GUGCGCGCCUCCGCCGCCCGCAGCCCGGCGAGCGCCCCGCGACUACGAGGCCGAGCGGGGCAGGGGGCUGAGCGUCAUGACCCCCCGGAGCCCCGCAUGAGCUGCCAAGGUUGGAUCAUGGUAGGGCUCAGUAAAUAGCCCUUCAUGGCUUGUUGGAGAGACAUAGACUGGUGAUUGGAGCCAACUCUGGAUCCAGGCAACUCCAGUUGUGAGAAUCUCUCCCCCUUCAGAUGCGGUGAUCUGUCAGUCUGCUGCGGUCUCCCUCUGUGAGUCGCCUCAUCUCUCCAAGCCCCAAGGGGCCUGUGCCCCUUGAUACCACCACUGGGCACUAUGUCGACCUCAUCGCUACGGCGUCAGAUGAAGAACAUUGUCCACAACUACUCGGAGGCGGAGAUCAAAGUCCGAGAGGCCACAAGCAACGACCCCUGGGGCCCCUCCAGCUCCCUCAUGUCAGAGAUUGCUGACCUCACCUACAAUGUUGUGGCCUUCUCGGAGAUUAUGAGUAUGAUCUGGAAGCGGCUCAAUGACCAUGGCAAGAACUGGCGGCAUGUCUACAAGGCCAUGACGCUGAUGGAGUACCUCAUCAAGACUGGCUCUGAGCGCGUGUCCCAGCAGUGCAAGGAGAAUAUGUAUGCCGUGCAGACGCUGAAGGACUUCCAGUACGUGGAUCGGGAUGGCAAGGACCAGGGUGUGAAUGUGCGGGAGAAAGCCAAGCAGCUGGUGGCUCUGCUGCGUGAUGAGGACCGGCUGCGGGAAGAGCGUGCCCAUGCGCUCAAGACCAAGGAGAAGCUGGCACAGACUGCCACGGUGUCCUCAGCAGCCGUGGGCUCAGGGCCAGCACCCGAGGCGGAACAGGCCUGGCCGCAGAGCAGCGGGGAGGAGGAGCUGCAGCUCCAGCUGGCCCUGGCUAUGAGCAAGGAGGAGGCUGACCAGCCCCCAUCCUGCGGCCCUGAGGACGACGUCCAGCUCCAGCUGGCCCUUAGUUUGAGCCGAGAAGAGCAUGAUAAGGAAGAGAGGAUCCGCCGUGGGGAUGACCUGAGGCUACAGAUGGCCAUAGAGGAGAGCAAGAGAGAGACUGGCGGCAAGGAAGAGUCAUCCCUCAUGGAUCUUGCGGAUGUCUUCACAGCUCCAGCCCCUCCACAGGCUUCGGAUCCCUGGGGGGGGCCAACCUCCAUGGCUACUGUCACUCCUGUGGCUGCUUCUGCCUCAGACCCUUGGGGGGGAUCUACUGUCCCUCCAGCUGCUGAUCCUUGGGGUGGUCCAGCCCCCACGCCAGUCUCUGACCCCUGGAGGCCUGCAGCCCCUGCGGGGCCCUCUGUUGACCCUUGGGGUGGGACUCCAGCCCCUGCAGCUGGAGAGGGCCCCACACCCGAUCCGUGGGGAAGCUCUGAUGGUGGGGCCCCUGCCAGUGGACCCCCUACUUGUGAUCCAUGGGCACCGGCUCCGGCCUUCUCGGACCCAUGGGGCGGCUCACCUGCCAAGCCCAGCACUAAUGGCACCACAGCUGUUGGGGGCUUUGACACAGAGCCUGACGAAUUCUCAGACUUCGACAGACUACGCACGGCCCUGCCAACUUCUGGGAGCAGCACAGGGGAGCUGGAGCUGCUCGCAGGAGAGGUGCCCACUCGCAGCCCUGGGGCAUUCGACAUGAGUGGGGUCGGGGGAUCUCUGGCUGAGGCCGUGGGGAGUCCUCCACCUGCAGCUACCCCAACGCCCACACCCCCCACACGGAAGACUCCGGAGUCAUUCCUGGGGCCCAACGCAGCCCUUGUGGACCUGGACUCACUGGUUAGCCGGCCAGGCCCCACACCACCAGGAACCAAGGCCUCCAACCCAUUCCUGCCAAGUGGAGCUCCAGCCACUGGACCAUCUGUCACCAACCCUUUCCAGCCAGCACCUCCUGCGACGCUCACCCUGAACCAGCUCCGCCUCAGCCCUGUGCCCCCAGCCCCUGGGGUACCCCCAGCAUACAUCUCUCCUCUUAGUGGAGGCCCUGGCUUGCCUCCCAUGAUGCCCCCGGGCCCUCCAGCCCCCAACACUAACCCCUUUCUCCUAUAAUCCAGGGCUGGAGGGAAGCCUGGUCCAGCUAGCUUCCCCCUUUUCUGCUCCCUGGGAGAUCAGUGUUGUGAGUGCAUGUGAAAUGGGGGACACUCCUCCUAGCGCCCUUCCCCCUCCUGGGGCCCACUCACACUACACCCUCUUCCCAAGUCCCCAACCCACCUCCCCAGAGAGAGACUGGACAUGGGGGAUGGGGAGGGGAGCCAGCCUGAGGAGGACCCUUUUCUGUGGCAUUAGAAGGGGGAGGACAGCUGGGGUUCCCCCACCCAUUCCUCUUUCCUCCAAACUCCUGACAAACCCCAAUCAGUGUUUGAGCCUCCUCGUUCUCCUUUGCACCCCAUGGUGAAUCCUUGGUGAUGAUUUUGGCAACUUCGGGAAUAAAUGGCAAUUCUCAUG